CGGCCCUGUCGUUCUAUGUUAUUUAUUGACCCAGAAAAUCCCUUUAAAUGCAACCCCUUCUGACUCUUCUCUAAAUGCACACCUCUCUAAAUGCACCCCCGUAACUGCACGUGCUGGUAUGAUCGUAUGAGUGUCCUGAACCUGCGACCGUGCCUAUUUCUGGAAAUAGUGGCAAUGACAAAGACCCGCCACCAAAGACCACUCCGUGUCCGCCGUCUCAUUGUGAACUCUGUGUUCUUUGUGCCGAUGCUCUUUGUCGUCUCGAUAGACCACAUCGACUGUGGGUCUAUCGUCCGUAGAAAAAUAGAAGCCUCCAAUGGCCUCUUAUUUACCUCUGGACUCUUCUUGUUACCUUUUCGGUCGAUUCCCUCUAUUUUAUUGCACUUCACACCCAAUUCCCUCACGAUGAAGGUUGAUUUGGAUGGGCGAAAUACAACAGUAUCAUAUUACGUGUGGUGCGGAUGGCUCUGAGCCCUGACAGAAACGCGUCGAAAUUCAUCCAGUCGCUUGACCGGUUCCUGUUAAAGAAUUCAUCAACCCCUGAGAAGUGUGGGAUCGAGUCGGAUUGUACAAGGACGAAUUCAGGAUGCGGCUCCAUUUUGACUGACAGACAUGGACGAUGGUUGGAGCAGCAAGAGAUGUAAAAUUGCUUGCCAAUUUGAUCGCAUAUUCUUCUAAUGCAUCACUGUUUUUUAGCUUUUCUUGUCAUGAUUCAAGUACCGCCUUGCAGAUGGUUCUACGAAGGCAUAGUAUUUUCUAGCGAUGCUAUUUACUUCCUCGUAUGGAUUGCGCGGCGAAGGGGCCUCUCUAUCCGCACUGGU